GAACACUGAUCCACAGUCCUUACCUGAUCAUCAUGAUGAAGCUGAUCCUUUCUCUGACUCUCAUCUGGGCGCUCUCCAGCACAGCUGGAGCCCUUCAGUGUCUAAGCUGCCAAAAUGAUCAGUGUACAAACCCACCAUCAUUAACAUGUUCUUCAGAGACCAUGUGUGUGACAGCUUCGAUUCAAGUUUCUUUUGUAGUUACAGUCCCACAAAUCAUCAAGACCUGUGCACCAUCCUCCGAAUGCCCAGCUACAGGCUCUCAGGCAUUUUCAUUUAACGCGGGUGUUUUGCAGGCAGUUGCAUCUCUUCAGUGCUGCGACACAGAUAACUGCAACACAGAAACUCUACCUUUCCCUCUUCCUCAGCCAAACAGCCUAAAGUGUUUCACUUGUGACCCCCUCAUUUCUCAAUGCAACUCAUCUCAAUUACAAUGUAAGGGAGCGGAGGACCGCUGCUUUAAAGUGAAUGUGACGAUUGGAGACAAAACUUCUCUGUUCUCUGGCUGUGCAUCUGCAAACCUGUGUGCACUUGGUGCCAACCUGAGUAGCCUACCUCUCUUGCAAGGUUUUGGUAACAUCAGUAAACCAUCCUGCUGUGAGACCAGUUUGUGUAAUGCUGUUACAACAAUUGCCAGUGACGCCGGCUGUAUGAGUCUGCUGCUGGGAGUCCUCAUCUUUACCCUCCGUUUUUUUGAAGCCUGAUUUUGGGUUUACUGCUCUCUUACAUCUGAAGUUGGCAGUUAGUGGGACUUUGUGGGACACAAAGGCAGCAAAGAAAUAGACACACAAACACACAUGUACACACAACAGAGGGGAUACUACCUUUUUCAUGGCUUUAAUUUGCUGGGUACAUAAUCAAAAAAGUUCAUAGAUUUUUUUAAUCAAACCUGAUUGAAUGCUGUAACAUUAUAUUAAAGUUGACGUUUUGUUGCAAAUUGUUCAAUUAUAUUACUUCAUUUUAGAAAAAUACUAAUAUUUGAUAUUAAUGUAAGAUUCAAUAUGAGAAGGAAAAAAAAUUGUCAUUAUUGUACACAUCCUUUAUUAUUGUUUAACCAUUUUUGUAUCUUACUAUCAAUUUUAUAUUUAUGAUUGGUGAUCUGCAGCAUUACCUCUGUCUUUAUCUGUCUUAUAUUUUUUUUUACUAUGUUUAUGGUUAAGCACCAAAACACCAAAGCUAAUUCUUUGCAUGUGAACCGACUUACCAAUAAAGCUGACUUUAUUUAAAACAAAA